AUGCAAGCUGGAUUUAUCCAUGGCCAUGAUACCAACAUCUGUCGUGACUUCACAGUAAGCUAGCCGAACACGAAAGAGCGUGCAGUGAGUGAAUACUCUUUCAACCAUCAACAAAGAAAAGCGUUCCUAAACCAAACUUACAGAGUAAAGAUGGGAGCGAAGGGGAGCAAGGUGGUCCUGAGGGAGACGUCUGUGGAUGGAGUCCAGCCUCAGCCUGCACCAGCACUUGCCUUAGACGGGUUAACCAAGACCAGCAAGAUGAAGGUGAAAUGGACCCAACUGGGCCUGGUGUUUUUCUUGCUGCUGUCCAUCAUCAUGACCGCUUGCUUCAUUUGGCAGUACCAGCUUCCCAAGUUACUGCAAGAUGAUAAUGCAGAUGAAAGAUCCAAAGCUGUGAGAAUGUGCCCUCGCUUCCCGGAACCGACACCUCUGGAGCAUCCCAUCCCCACUUUAAAGGGAGCACUUGAAAAGGUUGACGCACUACUGCGCAAUAACAUCAACCUUGUCAGUCUGCCCUCGUUGUCUGCUAUUGUUACUUACAAUGACACAGUGCUGUGGACAGGGAACUUUGGGAGGAGAAAUGGCAGCGAUCCUACUUCUGCACCACCGAAUGAAUACACCAUUUACAGGAUUGCCAGUGUAUCCAAGAUAUUUCCCACCCUGAUGCUGUAUCGAUUAUGGGAAGAUGGCAAGGUGGGCUCACUGGAUGACCCGCUGGAGAAAUAUGUGGAUAACUUCACCAUUAAAAACCCCCUGGGUAAAAGCAGAGACUCUGAGCUCAAAUACGUCACAGAUGGGCUGAUCUUCCUUGACAGUGGUGAGGUUCAAAUCCGAUCCUCCUCGGUGACAUUAAGGAGAAUGGCCAGCCAGCUUUCUGGUCUACCCCGAAGACUCCGUGGGACUAACUUACUGUGGAAAGGCAAGACCAAGACUGCAAUCAACCUCCUACAAGAUGAUGUGCUUGUAGCAGAUCCGGGGACCAAGUGCCACUACAGCAAUCUGGCCUUCUCUUUGCUCGCCCAUAUCCUUUCUGAGAGGGUUGCAGGUGUCAAUUACCAGAGAUGGAUUACGGAUAACAUUCUCAGCAGGUUGGGAAUGGAGGACACUGGGUUUGACAUUAACUCUGGCAUCCAAAGUCAAAUGGCUGUAGGUGUGUAUGCCAGUGGCCAACCAGCACCCCUUUAUGAUUUGGGCUGGUAUCGUCCAUCAGGACAGAUGUAUUCGACUGCCGCUGACUUGGCAAAAUUAUCAAUGAUGUUAUUGGGAGCGUAUCAUCGCAAAAUAUUGGAGCCCGACACCUUAAAAAUCAUGCUAACCCCUCUGUUUCGCUGUGACAAAGACUACUUUGCCAAUCGCACGGGAACGCCAUGGGAGGUCAACGAACAGAAGGGAUAUGAGGUGCUACGUAAAGAUGGCGAUCUGGACGGCUACUCCGCUACGUUCUCUCUGGUGCCGCGGCUUAAGCUUGGAUUGGUGGUGCUAAUGGCGGGAACUCGGCCACAGAACCAGGAUAUCAUUUCGAAGGCUUAUUCUUACAUCAUUCCUGCAAUGGAGAAGGCGUUUAGGGAGGCCAAGCGGUAUCUUACUCCUCCUCCAGAUCCUGCACCCUAUGUGGGAUUUUACACUUACGGCAACAUCACGUUUUAUGAGAUUAAAGCAGGACCAGAUGGUGUCUUGAUCAUGCAGCAGUUUGGACCUCAAAUUGAGGAUCUCAUCCCGGAGCGUUACCGGACCAUAAAAUUGAAUUACCUAGUGGAGCGGGUAUUUAGAGUCGUUUUUGAAAAGGAGUAUCCCUGCGUUUUACGUGUCAACACAGCAUCUGUAUCCCUCGAAGCCCAAGACGGGCAGCUUUUUAACUUUUACGUCUUUGAUAAGAAAGGCGUAUCUCCAGGAUUUGACGCUCCAGGGCUCAACACAUACAAUGUGGUUAGAAUAUCCCGCAAACCCACGUUCUCUAACUGAGGAUGAUACAGUUUUGUUUAUGAGCAAACUUUAUGUAGGAAAUAUUCGAGAAAGUGAUAACAGAUGAUGG